AUGCUCGCUUGGUGCACACCAUGCGGUGUUGCCCCCCCUGCCGGGCACGCCGCUGCCUUGGAGGUUUUUGAUGACUUGGUACUACAGUCUUUUAGCUCGUUGAGUGGCCUUCACCUGGAACCUGAGCAAUGGCAGCAAGCAGGCCGUGGUCUGGCACAAGCUGGUCUUGGGCUCCGCUCCACGCGGACACAUGCCCCUGCCGCCUAUUUGGCUUCAGUUGGCAGCUCUUCCCCACAAUGCCAAGAGCUUGAUCCUAAUUAUUGGAUCGACCAUUCUGGGGAUGUUGCCGCAGCUUUGUGUGAGUUGAAUGCUAAGCUCAGCCCUGCCCAGCAGCUCACUACUGCUGGCGCCUUGGCCUUAUCUCAGAGCGAGCUCAGCAGCCGCAUUGAUGCGACCGGUUGGGCGUCGCAGCUAGAGGGAGCUUCAGCCGUGGAUAAGGCCACCCUCUUGUCCGAGGCUGCCCCUGGUGCCCGGGCAUUCCUGACCUGUGUUCCUUCCGGACGGACCCAAAUGGAGCCCGCUGUGUUCACUGCUGAGUUACGGGUGCGCCUCCGUGUCCCUGAAUCCAGUACUGAUGCUUGGUGCCCCAAAUGUGACGCCAUCCUGGACAGCCAUGGGCACCACGCUGGCAUGUGCAUUGCAGGCGGUGAGCGCACCCUCCGACACAAUGCUCUACGUGAUUUGGAAGCCGGCUUUUGCCGCAGUUCGCAUGGCGGGGCUUCGGCUGCCUCGGUGUACACCGACCACAAAAAGAGGCACCUGGAUACAGCAGCUGCUUGCAAGGCCCAACAUGUGGAGUUUCUGCCAUUGGUUGCCGAGACCACGGGCGCUUGGGCGCCCGAAGCUGCUAAGGCCCUUGACCAUAUCAGCCGUGCAGCUGGGGCCACCUAUGGAAGCACUUUGCUUCAGGAGGCCUGCGUGUUGAUUCGAACUUGGAUCCUGGACCGCCUGCCUGCGGAUUCCGGCACCAGCCUGGUCUUCGCCAAGAACGCCCAGCAGGCCUCGGCCGUGGUGGAGCGCUGCAAGCGGAAGGCGCUGCUCGAAGCCGCCAAGGGCCGCGCGGAACGCGUGCAGGUCCGUUUGGACCUGCGGGCGCUGCACCUUGGAGAACGCCUGGAUGCUGGAGGAAUGCACCGCGUGUGGAGCCAGGACCCGAUGCUUCCGACGGCCGCGCAGCACGUGCACACCGACGUCGAGGAUGCCGCGCUUUUGCAGCUGGCCGUCUCACCGGCGGACAGCGGGUACGUUUUCACGUCGGUCUUCGUUGGCCACAGCAGCAGUGGCAGGUCUGACUCGUUGUGUGCUGCCUGCGACGUGGACCCCGCCGACCCCGCGGGCGAUCAAGAGCCGUGCCCGGCGACGGUCUUGGAGGCCAAGGCCUUCUUCCUGAACCGCUGCGAAGAGCUGGGUUGGAAGGCGGAGCGCUGCGCGGCUGAAGCCGACGACCUUUUUCGCCUCUCUCCAGUGGAGAAGCCCUUCAACGCGGAGCUUAUUUGUGUGGCACCGCGCGGCCUUGCUGCUCUGGAUGCUGCCGAUCCGGAGCGACGGGCGGAGCGGCGCGAGGAGAGGAACGAGAAGGACAAGACCAAGGAGGAAAACAACACGAUUGAUACGGAUAUCACGAGGAAGGAAGACAAGACGAAGGAGAUGACCCACAUCGUGGUGAAUAACACGGUGCUUGGGGACAACAACCGCAUCUACUUGGUGGCCGGGGAGGACAACAUCAUCGGCCACAGUGGAAAUGACGUGCCAGUGACCUUCACCAGUGGCAACUGGGUGAACUUUCCAUUCCAAAGCGGCAACGAUAUCAACGUUCCUUUCAACAACGGCAACGAUGUGAACGUCCCCUUCAACAAUGGCAACUCAGUACCCUUCAACAAUGGCAACACAGUAGAUGUGCCAGUUGGCAGCGGCAAUUAUGUACCUUUCAACAAUGGCAACACAGUAGAUGUGCCAGUCAACAGUGGCAAUUAUAUACCCAACAAGAAUGGCAACAAUGCAUAUGUGCCGGUCAACAGCGGCAACUAUGUGCCAUCCAAGAAUGGCAACAAUGCGUAUGUGCCGGUCAACAGCGGCAACUAUGUGCCAUCCAAGAAUGGCAACAAUGCAUAUGUGCCGGUCAACAGCGGCAACUAUGUACCCGUCAACAAUGGCAACAGCGUUAACGACAACAGUCGAGACAGCGUGGAGGUGAAGAGAAAGCAAGAGAGCAGCGUUGAAGGCAAUGACAAUGUGGUUGACCAGAAGUCUGGUGCUGUGAAUGCCUCCACCGGGUCUCUCACAGCAUCCUCCUCGACCAACUUGGAGAAGUCUGUGGAGGGUCCUCCCAGGUCGCUGCGGACCAGCAGCUCCCAAGGAUUGCCGGCGGGUGCUGAAGCAGGAGCGCAGCCAACUGCGCCUGUCGGCGCUGCAGAAGGAUCGAUGCCGGGCGCUGCAGUUUCACCUGCAGAUGUUCCAGAAGGAUUGAUGCCCUGGGGCCCUGAAGCGGCUGGAGAGCAACCAUUUGUGCCUGCAGAUGUUCCAGAAGGAGUGAUGCCAUGGAGAGCCGAAUCAGCUGGAGUGCAACCAGCCGCACCUGCAGACGUUCCAGAAGGAUUGAUGCCCUGGGGCCCUGAAGCGGCUGGAGAGCAACCAGUUGCGCCUGCAGAUGCUCCAGAAGGAGUGAUGCCAUGGAGAGCCGAAUCAGCUGGAGUGCAACCAGCCGCACCUGCAGACGUUCCAGAAGGAUUGAUGCCCUGGACCCCUGAAGCAGCUGGAGAGCAACCAGUUGCGCCUGCAGAUGUUCCAGAAGGAUUGAUGCCAUGGGGUCCUGAAGCUGCAGUGGCUGGGACUGCGCCGGGAGCAGACGCAGGUGCCGAAGCGGCUGGAGUGCAACCAGCUGCGCCUGCACACAUUCCAGAAGGAUUGAUGCCAUUGGGUGACAAAGCAGCUGGAGUGCAACCAGCUGCACCUGCAGACAUUCCAGAAGGAUGGCCGGCAUUGCCGCGUGCGAAACAAGCACCUGGAGCGCAACCUGCGGCUGCAACUGAAGGUCCCUCCCAGCGCUUCGCCGACGCGCUCCGGAGGGCCCCUCCACCGGCGGCGCCCGUUGACGUCGCGCACGACGUGCACGUGGCCCAAAGCGGCCCAGCGCCACACCGUGGCAGCGAGGCAGGGAAGCACAAGGCGGCCCAGCGUCGACUGCAUAAGUAAGCCAAAGAGCUGGUAGUUCGUUGAGCUGGUAGGCCCUAACAAGGGCCCAACAAAGACCGGUUUCACAUGGGCUUCGAGGUCGAUC